UCGCGUCGUCGCGGCUUCGCCUGCAGGAAUCUGGGAGUAGAGCGCACGCAUACGGGCACGAUGCGCUGAGCUUGAGGCGCUCUGACUUUGAGAGGAUAGCCAAGGAGCAAAAAAUAAACCAUACAAAAAAAAUAAACAUCAAACCGGACCAUUCAAAGGCAAACAAGUUGCAAAUCUCAGAAGCGAUGAAUACCAACGAUGCCAAGGAGUAUCUGGCACGGCGGGAGAUACCUCAACUAUUUGAGAGCCUGCUUACGGGUUUGAUGUACCACCGACCCGAUGACCCCGUGGACUACCUGGAGGUCUGCCUGAAAAAAGUGCGGGAGCUGGGCGGACCGGACAAGGUGCGGUGGGACACGUUUGUGGGUCAGGAGAAGAAGCCCUUGCCGCCAAUCAACGGCGGACAGUCGCGUCGCUCACUCUUAAGAAACGUGAUGCCCGACAGUCCCAAUUUCCCAUACAGACGCUACGAGCGCCUUCCCCCCAUCAGCCAGUUCUCCAUCGAGAGCGACUCAGACCUGUCGGAGACAGCCGAACUCAUCGAGGAGUAUGAAGUGUUUGAUCCAUCCAGGCCGAGGCCUAAAGUCAUCCUCGUUAUCGGUGGCCCUGGCAGCGGCAAGGGAACACAGUGCCUGAAGAUUGCCGAGCGCUAUGGCUUCCAGUACGUGUCGGUGGGCGAGCUGCUGCGGAAGAAGAUGAUCCACAAUGCCACCAGUAACAGAAAGUGGAGUCUGAUCGCCAAGAUCAUCACCAAUGGCGAGCUGGCGCCGCAGGAAACCACCAUCACCGAGAUCAAGCAAAAGAUCAUGAAGAUUCCAGAUGCUAACGGCAUCGUCAUCGACGGUUUCCCGCGGGAUGUCGGACAGGCCUUGUCGUUCGAAGACCAGAUCUGCACUCCCGACGUGGUGGUCUUCCUGGCGUGCACUAAUCACCACUUGAAGGAACGCCUGCAGCGGCGGGCUGAGCAGCAGGGUCGUCCCGACGAUAACCCCAAGGCUAUCGACCGCCGUCUGACCAACUUUAAGCAAAACACCAUCCCGCUAGUCAAAUAUUUCCAGGAGCGGGGCCUCAUCGUCACGCUCGAUGCGGCUCGGGAUGAAGAGGAGGUGUUCUGUGACAUCAGUGCGACUCUGGACAACAAGCUUUUUCCCUCACAAGAGUCUACCGCAGGUCCAAGUGAGCCGGAUCUUAGUACGCUGCCUGAAUGCAACAUGGUGGACUUCAUAGAAAAAAACGAUGAAGAUGAAGAGGAAGAGGAGCUGGGAUAUGCCGAAGAGAGCCAAGAAUUUUUCUGCGCACCGCCGAAGAAGCCGAAGGUCAUCUUUUUGAUGGGCGCGGCAGGCUCUGGCAAGCGCACUCAGUGCGAGCGCAUGGAAGACAAAUUGGGCCUGCGUCACGUGACCUUGGCCGACUUGCUGUGCGGCGAGAUGCAGACUCCCGGCGACAGGGGGCGCCACCUGCGGGACGUCCUGCAAAGAGGAGAGCCCCUACCGGAGGACGUCACCAUGGACCUGCUGUGUGAGGCUCUCACGUCUAGAAGGCAGGCUAAGGGCGUGGUGGUUUGCGGCUUCCCUGUGGAUCUGAGACAAGCUCAGCUGUAUGAAGCCAAGAUGGGCGAACCCACCGCCGUGCUCCUGCUCAGCUGCUCCACCCAAACCCUCGCCGGGCGCCUGCAGAGCCGCCGGAGUUCCGCUUCGUCCGUCGGGUCGGCUCCGGACAAAGACGGCACCCCCUGCUGGAGGGCCGACAGCUUCUGGGCCGACGCCAAGCCGGUGGCAGAACACUACGACGGCAAAAAAAUCCUGCACACGAUUGAUGCUGAGCGGUCACCUGAUCAAGUGUUUGCUCAGAUCUGCAAGGUGAUGGAGUCCUCUCUUGCCAACUGAUUUACCCACGCACACACACUUACUUGAGUAGCUAAAAUACUUUUGACUCCAGCCAAACAAUUUCAAACUGCAUAAAGUUGCCAAAAGAUAGUGCCAAAGCGCUACUUUUCUAUUAGACAGGGCUUUGGCGCCAUCUUGGGGUGUUCUAAGAGGAGCACACGAACAGCAAUUAGGCAGGUUUUUCAACAAAUAACAGAAUAUGUUCCUCCAAUAACAAACAUUGUACAAAGUCUUACACUGCUGUUGUUCUUCUGGUUGUCACGUUGAUUUUUUUUGACUCUUCCUAUUUACUCAACACAAAAAGUAAAACUGGGCGGGUUAGAAUUGACAGCAGACACGAGAGCGCCCUCUGCAGCAGAAUCCAAAGACUGCUCCGGUCACGCACGUACCAUCCUGUUUUAUAAGGACACAACAAGCAUGCAUUCAGUUUAAACAUCGAGGGUCAUUUAAGUAAACAAAAAAAAAAAAAAACAUUUGUACGUUUGCAAGCUUGCUUAAUAUGUAAGUCUGCUGUUCACAUUUCAAUAAAGUUGUGUAUUUUGACGGUU